AUGGCGUUCGAUCCCACCAAAGUCAAAGGCCUUUUCUUCGAUAUAUACGCCACCCUCAUCAACUGGGAAGAUGGCAUCUACAAAUCCCUCUACGAGCUGGCGUGGCACCUGCCGUCGUUCAACCCGCUUCAUGCGGAUACACCAGAGACCCGGCAGAAGCUGCUGCGCAUGUUCGCAGCCACCGAGAAGACCGUCGAGCACGAGAACCCCACGAUGAAGUACUCCCAGGUCCUGGAGGAGGUGUACGAGCGAAUCGCCAUUGAGCUGGGUCUCUUUAUCGACAUCCACGCCCAGGCCGCCUUCGGCCGGAGCAUCGGCGACUGGCCCGCGUACCCGGACACGGUGGCCGCGAUGCAGGUGCUCGCCCGGCACUACAAGCUCUGCGUGCUGAGCAACGUCGACGACGCCUCCUUUGCGCGCACCUGCGCCGGCCCGCUCAAGGGCGUGCACUGGGACGGCGUCUACACGGCCGAGCAGAUCGGCUCGUACAAGCCCGACCACAGGAACUACAACUUUGUGGUCGACCGCUUCCGGGAGGACUUUGGCAUCGCCAAGGACGAGAUCGUCAUGGUUGCGCAGAGCCUGGAUAUCGACCAUGUGACGUGCACGGAGCUUGGAUUCAGGCCGGGAGUCUGGAUCGCCAGGAGUGGGUCUGAUAUGGGUGGUCACCGGGAAGAGCUCGAGUCCAAGGGCCUGCUUGAGCUGGGAGCCGUCUAUCCCACUCUCGGAGCGAUGGCUGAGGCGGUGGAGAAGGCUUUUGCUGAGAAGCAGUAA